AUGAGUGGCACCAUCUUGGAGGGUGGUACCACUACAAAGACUGUACUCAGCUCAACAAGGAGGCGCUUCCUCCUCUCCUUUCUCUUAGUUUUACCACUGGGUCUUCUCAAUGGAUGGCCAAGGGGAUUCCAGACUCAGACAGCCAGAUAUCGGAACUGGAGCAGUAGUAGAAACAUCACCAUCCUGCUGUGGUACUGGCCCUUCGGCAGGUCAUUCAGCCUGAAGGGUGACGUUUGCUGGGACCUCUACAGCAUCCCUCACUGUAGACUGGUGGACCAGCGCUCCUUGUUCCCCUCAGCCGAUGUGGUGGUGUUCCACAACAAAGAGCUGGCAGUACGCCGACAAAACCUGCCCCUGCACCUUCCACGACCACGGGGCCAGAGGUGGGCCUGGAUGUCCCUUGAAGCCCCUGCUCACAAUGGAAACUUGAGUCAGUAUGCAAACAUUUUUAACAUGACUAUAACGUACAGGAGGGAUGCUGAUGUCACUGUACCAUACGGCGAGCUGCUACCUAAGAAGGCUGAAGGACAUCUGGCGGAAGACGUCCCUCAGAAUAAGAGCUUCUUGGCCUGUUGGGUGGUCAGCAACUACAGGAACCGUCACAAGAGAAGCCAAGUGUACAAAGAGCUCAAUGCCACGGUUCCUGUGAAGGUUUACGGUCGGUGGACAAAGACACCCCUUCGCUCUUCAGUUCUCUUACCUACAAUCUCUCGCUGCUACUUCUAUUUGGCUUUUGAGAACUCAAUCGCCAAAGAUUACAUCACAGAGAAGCUGUGGAGGAACGCUUACCAAGGCGGGGCGGUGCCUGUUGUCCUUGGACCGCCAUUAGAGGAUUACAAAGCCAUGGCUCCACCUAAUUCUUUCAUCCAUGUUGAUGAGUUUGCAUCAGUCAAAGACUUGGGAAAGUAUCUACAACAGCUUGCAGAGGACAAGAAACGCUACAGUGAGUAUUUCACCUGGAAACGUCAGUGGAAAGUGAAGUUGUCCAUAGACUGGAGGGAGAGAGUGUGCAAGAUCUGCUCACAGUACAACAGUUUACCUCAGGAGAAAAUUUACUCCGACCUAGAGGCCUGGGUCAAGGCUAAUAACAGCUGA